AUGGCUCGUACCAAGCAAACCGCUCGCAAAUCCACCGGUGGAAAGGCCCCAAGGAAGCAGCUCGCCACCAAGGCUGCGAGAAAAUCUGCACCUACAACCGGUGGAGUGAAGAAGCCUCAUCGUUAUCGCCCUGGAACCGUUGCUCUUCGUGAGAUCCGUAAAUACCAAAAGAGCACAGAGCUUCUGAUCCGCAAGCUUCCCUUCCAGCGUCUCGUUCGUGAAAUCGCCCAAGAUUUCAAGACUGAUUUGAGGUUCCAGAGUCACGCGGUUCUUGCUCUUCAGGAAGCUGCUGAGGCAUAUUUAGUAGGUUUGUUUGAGGAUACCAAUUUGUGUGCGAUACACGCCAAGAGGGUUACCAUCAUGCCCAAAGAUAUUCAGCUCGCACGCCGUAUCCGUGGAGAACGUGCUUAG